AUUUGAUGUCGUCUGCCGGGUGUAUUUUGAGCAUUUUGACCUCACUUCCUUCAAGGAAAUAAGAGACAAUGGUAUAUGAUUGCCCAGGGAUCACAUUUAAAGGGGUUGGUUUUCAAAACAAUCACACACAUUCCUCCGAGCAUUAACUAUUGACUCCCAAAGGAUUCUAAAUAGUAGCUUUAAUCCAAGGAGAUAUGUAUUGCUGUACAUUUAUGUUUAACAAGUGAAAUAUAAAAUGAAACAUGACAAAACUAAAAUACCACCACCUUUCCAUCACUAAAAAAACAAGUGGGUUGGUCUUGGGCAUGAAACCCCCGGGUGGGAAAUUGUCUCCACUCCGGCCCUUACCAGACCUGUAGCUUUUUGCGUUCUAUUGAGACUUGGGUUGAAUCCCAUUACUUGGCUCGCUUCAAAAUCUCAGCCCUAACCCUCGCUGUUGCGCGUUCACGCGCCUUCCUCCGAGCCACUUGGCAUAGCUCGUUGGUGAAGUGACUUUUAUUGAACUCAACCAUCUCUACAAACCAUCUCUACAAUCCAAAAAGGCAACGGCAUCCGCACCUGUUCCCUGUUAUUGGUGUUUGUUAUAUCCAACACAAUGUAGCCAGCGUUGUAUUCUCCAACGACCUUGCCUCACCCCGGGAGCUUUUCUCCGCCGGGGGGAGGACAAUUGUGGAGGUCUACUUCGAUGCUUCCUCACCAACAUUAGUCAUAGUCCAAACAAUGUUUGGUUUACAGUUGAAAUAACUUGAAAACUUCUUGAAAACACUUGAAUCUACUAUAAAUCGAAAGGAAAAUGUGUUGUUUGAGUCUGUUGCCUACCAAAAAAAACGACCUUAGGCAAAGUGUAAUGAGUUCACCUUUUGCAUUUGUUUAGCUUAUGGAACAGUAUUGGCAUAAUCAUCCAAGAGUUUAAAGAGAGUUUAAACAUAUGUAUGUAUACAAUUUAACAAAUAUGCACCAUGAUACAUCAUAUAGAGAGGUAAAAUAUAAUAAUACAAGUUCUGACAAUCUGACAAGAAGGCCACAACAAAAUAGCACCACUAAUAAGCCUCUAUCACAGAGAACAGUGAAGCAACAACAACAAUAACAAUCCCUCGCGCACAAAGAUAUUCCGCAAUCGUCUAUGUCUGUAAGUCUGCAGUCAUGUGCAUAAACAAAGUGACAUUGUGCUGUCAUUUUAACAUAAUCAUGUGUGCGUGCAUGUGUGUGUGUUUAGGGUGGGCCAUUGGACAUUGCUGCCCUCCCACACAUCUAUGUAUGAUUUCAAGACAGGCGGGCCUGUCAUAAUAUAACAGUAGAAAAGCAGAGGAGCGAGUGACCCCCCCCCUCACACGGCUCCACCGCCCUGAGGCAUCCAGACCGACCGUCCCAGCAGACCGCGUGCCUUCAGCUGUUACACACGGCAUUCUGAUGUGCAGAAGGGGGCCUUUCUCACAACGUUCACUCCUCCUGGGGAAGACCCGCACUAGACUAUCUCUGGGACCUGUCUCUGGACCCCAAGUCUUCAACAGAUAGAACAACACUCUCUCUGGCUCCUUGGUACUCCAAUUGACCACCAAUUGAAGCCUACAUGACUUGACUUUGAGAACCACCACCACCCCUACCACCACCACCACAACAACCUGCGCCACCACUACAACGACUACUAGUACUCCCAAGACCACUACUACUACUACUUUUCCCGCAGAGCUCCAGCGACCAGGAGUCUUGUCCACGGGGCGACCAUGGCCUCCACGGGGAUGCAGCUGUUGGGCCUCUUACUGGCCGUGCUGGGGGGGGUGCUGGGGACGCUGGUGUGCGCCGCCCCUCUCUGGCGGAUUUCCGCCUUCGUGGGCGGGGAGCUGGUGAUCGCCCAGGUGCAGUGGGAGGGGCUGUGGAUGAACUGCCUGUCCCAGACCACGGGCCACAUCCAGUGUAAGACCUACGACUCCACCCUGGCCCUGCCCGCCUCGGCCCAGGCCGCCCGCACCAUGACGGUCCUCUCCCUGCUGCUCUGCGUGGGGGCCCUCGCCCUGGCCGUGGCCGGGGCCAAGUGCACGCACUGCCUGGGCGACGGGGACCCGGGGGCCAAGCCUCGGCUGGCCAAGCUGGCGGGGGCGCUGUUCGCCGUGGCCGGGCUCCUGUUCGCGUUGCCCGUGUGCUGGACGGCCUACGCCGUCGUCCGGGACUUCUACGACCCCGACGUGGCCGCGCCCCUGAAGCGGGAGCUGGGGCCCGCGCUUUACCUGGGCUGGGGGGCCAGCCUGCUGCUCCUGGUGGGGGGCGGGCUCCUGCACGCCGGCUCCUCUCCGCCCGGCGCGGGGGCACGGGGGCCCACGCUUGGACGCGCGGGGAAGGAGGGCCCUCAGCCCGUCGCGGCAGGGGGGACACCCGCGGAGAAGGCCUACGUAUGAGGGGCCGCGGAGGUCUUUGUUUGGGUUCCUUUUCUUUCCUUUUUUAACCUGCCUACUGCCUGUGACCCCCCCCCCCCCCACCUCUUGUUUGUCUGCUUGUGUCCUUGUGUGAUUUUUUGUUAAGUUAUUUUGGUUUUCUAUGUUCCUGCCCACACUGUAAAGCGUCCUUGAGUUUGAAAGGCGCUAAAAAAAUCUAAUUUAUUAUUAUUAUUAUUUUAUUACUUUUUCUCUCUGGGUAAGUUGCCGGAAUGUAAAUAUUACAGCGUUGUUAUUAUAUGGAGAUGCAUAAUACAGUAAAAAAAAAGAAAAGAAGUGAGUGUUGAGUGAUGUUUGUGUUAACAUGCAGUUUGUACUCAUGCUCAUUAUGUGGUCGUGUCAGAGUGGGCGGGACACUGUGGGUUGCACCAGCAAGCAUUAAUGUAGUAAUUCACAUAUUUCAGAUUCCACUCCUCUGCGUGUGUGUGUGCAUGUGUGUGUGUGUGUGUGUGUGUGUGUGUGUGUGUGUGUGUGUGUGUGUGUGUGUGUGUGUGUGUGUGUGUGUGUGUGUGUGUGUGUGUGUGUGUGUGUGAGAGAGAGAGUUAGCAAUGUGCAGAAAAGGUCAAUGUAAAUUUCUUUUUCACGCUAGUGUUGUAAACAACUGGGUUUGGUUGUCAUAACUUAUGUUCCAGUGUUUUAUUAAGACUUUUUAAAAUAAAGCUAUUUGUAAGAUUCUCA